GACUGUCGCCCUGGUCUGUGCUGCUCAGAUGACAAAUUUCUACCUUAUCUGACUUAGUGAUUCAUAAAUCUUUGUUCUCCCUAUUUGGUCUGGACUUCCCAAGACAAAAUUUUGUCACCAGAACCUGUUGUUUCUGAUGGAGGUGGAUUUAAAGUAGAAAUAGCGGCCAUAUUGGCAUUUCGCCACUUUGAGAACCAUGAUGUACAGAGGCCUAAGAAAAUGAAAAACAAAGUUAGCCAAACUUUCUCAAUCCUGGAGAGAUGCAGUUUGAGUUUUUGGUGGAGGUUCCCAGGGGCAGGGCAUGCACGGCUAGAUUCUGGUCUAACUCCACUGAAAGUCACUGGAAUUGCACUUGUGUAAAGUCAGUUAUAGUGAGAGAAGAAUCAGGACUAAGAGACUUAUCCUGGAAUUUGCCUGUAUAAAUGAGAUCAGAAUCUGGGACUCAAUCUUGAAAUCUUUCCAUCAGGUGGGGUAUGCAAUAGGCUGCUUACUAACAAUUUUGCCAAGCAAAUAAUCCCACCCCAGGGAGUUUACCAUUUUAGAGUCUGAACUGUUAUGCCAAAGUGUUAAUAAAAUGCAUGUAAUGACUUAAAUAUAUGCGUGACCCAAGCAUGCCAACUGGCAGAUGGCUUAGGGGUACGUAUGGGUACAGAGAUCCCCUGAUCAGAUAACGUCCAUGCUGAAAGCCUGUGUCACACUGGUCCUCAUAGUCAUUAUGAGAUGUACGUAUGGAAAACGUGUGAGGAGUUAUGUGUAUAUGCUUAAAAUUACGUUCUCUAGGCCUUGCAGUUAAAGGCAGGUCACAUAAAGUUAGCAUGCCUUGCAACAAACUUCUCCAGACAGAAGCUGUGAGGUGGACCACUGUGAAUCUCACAACAGAAGUCUAUUAGCACACUGAGACAAAUGCUAAUGAAGAGCUCGUGGAAGCUUUAGAAGGAGAUUAACAGGAAGAGGUGAACAACAGAGGGAGACUGGAACCCUAUUUUCAGAUGAUCAUCCAAGGUCUGGUCUGGUCUAUGUAGGUAAGAUGAACCCUCAGGCAUCCUUCAGUCUGUGAGGACAAGCUGCCAGUAGGCUUGAUUUUAUGAAAGGGGGAUCUCAGCCAACUGGGCUGAAAAUGCUGGGGAAAAGGACUUUUUAAGCUCUCUUGUAUGAGACAGGGAACUAUCUUAUGCAGUGUAGUUGUAUCUGUGUUGGUCCCAGGAUAUUAGAGAGGACCUCCUGAGUUCCCUUCCAACCCUGAUAUUCUAUAAUUCUAUGAGGCAAGGUGGGUGAGUUAAUAUCUUUUAUUGGACCAACUUCUGUUGGUGAGAGAGACAAGCUUGUUUGGUGAUUUAAGUUUAGGGUCUAGAAAGUGUAUUUUGAUUUUGUUGGAUAUGUAACCGUUUGUUUCCAAUAUUCUUACUUCCUAUUAUUUGAAUCUCUGUCCUCUGAUAAUGAACUUCAUUCUUGUUUUCACUAUGAACAUAUCUGGGCGCUGCGUGUUAUGUGGAGUGGUGAUUCCGAGCUGAAUCUUACAAGCGUUGGGCAGCACCUCAGCGAGUUCUUAGAGUGUUCAGUGGAACAGGGACUGGACACUCCAAAGGGACGCUUGGAGGACUCAGGGGUUAGAGAGCCCCUAUCGCUAACCUGUACAGAGAGAGCAAGGUCUGCAGAGGCCUGGCAUGUAGCGCUUGUGUCGUCAGAGGUUAAGGGCCUUGCAACCUAGGGUACCCCAGGGAAGUAUCACAGUAAGUAUGCAAUAUGAAACACUUCAUACGUAGAGGGCCUGGCCCCAGGGACACCAUACUGUAACAGCAUCCAGAUGGUCGCUAAGGGAUGUGGAGUAAGCCUUUUCGUGCGGAUGGGGUUAGUAGAGAAGCUGUCUCCACAUAAAUCUGUAGCGGUUCUUUUCUGUUGCAGAGCAGCUGUGCUAAAGCAGGGUUAAUGUCCAGACCCUCCAAUAUACCCCAUACAGGCCAGAGCUAGGAGUUUCCAAGGUAACAAAUUCAGGGGCCCAGAUAGGAAAAAGGAAGAUAGGGCUUGUCUGGACUACAGUUUUAGAAAUACACAUUUUUAUUCUAAUCUAGACAAGCCCAGUGGGCUGAAGCAGUCAGUGACCAAGAGAUCUAGGCCCUUAUCCUGCCCUGUUGAAGUCAGUGGGAGUCUUUACAUUGGGCACAGGAUCAAGCCCUUAGAGAGCAACUUUUUAAAUAGCUGGCCCUGGCUGAUUAAAAGUAGGGGGAUGGCACGUUGAAACCCUACAGGAAUGUAUGUGAUCCUGUACUUUCAGAUUUAGUACAGACACUGCAACUUCCUUCAACUGUGAGGCCUUUUGGGAGCUAAACACCAGCACAGGAAGUGUCAUUUCUUGAGCAAACAGCAGUCAGUGUCUUUCGACAACAAUGGAGCAAGAGCUGCAGAUCGGAAAUGAAAGCCAUCUGAAUUAUGGAAGUGAAUGUCUCCUUUCUCCCUCUGUUGCACAAGAUGCCCCUGCUCCUUAUUCCUCGCCCCAUGAAGGACCCUCUACGCCCCGCUUGGAGCUGAUGGACACGGCCACUGAAGAUGAAGGGGAAGAUUCAGGAGACUGCGGAAACAAAGGUUUACCUCCCCGAGCUGAUCAGCUGCCUGAAGGAGAGCACAAUGAUUCCAUUCCACUUCAGACAGAGUGGAGCAUUCUCUCUAUUUCUGAGCAUGUAGCCAGAGAAGCCUUGGUACAGUACACAGCCAAUAAGUGCUGCUAUCGGAUUGCCCCUGCAAAACGUAUGGUGGUCCAGAACCUGACUCCGCUCAACACAUUCAGAUAUCAUCUGCAAACCUUCACUGAAACCAGAGAAACAUUCCCGGUCAGCGAGCCUUAUAAUGGUGGAUUUGUGGACUCUUCUGAUGUUGCACCAGCACCUGCCCCGUGGGAAAUAGAAGUGGACGCACCUCCUCUGUUUACGGAUUGUGAAAUGCACAUUCCAGUGCCGCACACAUAUUCAGUACAGGAUUGUCCUAAUUGCCAAGGACGUGGUAAGAAUCAGUGCCACUCGUGUAGUGGAUCUGGAAAGAGAAGAUGUACAGCUUGUAAUGGGACUGGCUGGCAAGACACAUCCAAUCAGAGUUGUUUAUUUUGCUCAGGUUCUGGAAAGAGACGUUGCUCAAACUGUCAUGGAGGUGGUUGGCAGAAAUGCAUCCGUUGCUCUGGAAAAGGCCUCUUGUUAUAUCAUUCUGAACUUACAAUCACUUGGAAGAACAGCGUUGCUGAAUAUGUUGUUGACAAGAAUUUUGGGUUUCCUAUUUAUCACCUGCAGGAAGUCACUGGGAAGGAAAUAUUUAGUGAUGAAAAUCAAGUGGUGUAUCCUCUAGUGAAUUUCCCUGAGCCGACCAUUGAUAGGGGCUCAGAAUCAUGCAUUGCGCAACACCAAAUGCAGUUUGCCUCCCAUAGUCAUAUAUUGAGACAGAAACAAACCAUUGAGCUGAUUCCACUCACCAAGGUGGAAUAUGAAUGGAGAGGAAAGGUCUAUUCCUUCUAUGUCUUUGGAAAUGAGAAUAAAGUGUAUACAGAGGACUACCCAGCAAAGUGCUGCUGUUCAGUUAUGUGAUUCGCAGAUAGGUCCUAAGUUCUUCUAAGAAACACACCUUUGGGCACCACAGAAGAUCUGGAAUUAUUUAUUCUCCUUAAAGUGAGCAACUUCUUCCUUUCCAACUUUCACUGGAGAGCAGAUCUAAAGAUCUUUCAUUCCCAUCAUCAUCACAGAGGGUGGUGGGUGUCUCUUUAUCAGUGCAAUAACGAUUCAUGCAUUAAAUGAAACAGCAGAACACCUCUCUAGUGCACCCCUCGCCAUUCGCUCUAUAUUUAUGGAGAUGAACGAAUCGUGAUAAUGAAGAUUGAAACAUUGCUAACAUAUUGUAUGACAGAGAUUUGAAUUCAAAGCUUUUGGUUUUGGUCUCCAUAGCUUUGUAUUGAGAUAUUUAGCUUGUUAAAUGUAUCCUUUAAAUUCCUAUGUGUGGAAUGCAUGUUCUAAAUGAUGGAAAUGUAAGCAGCUUCAGGUAGCUUUCUUACAGAGUUUGAAAUGAAGGAAUGUGAUCUGUAAUUUUCCAAAUACACUAUUACUCUGCAAUAGCUCUCAGGGUCAGGAGCAACAGGUAUGUGUUCCAUCCCCUGAUAAGGAUCUUCACAAGAAAGUGUGGGAUGAGAUUGGUUCAGAGAGGGAUAGGUAGUGAUGUUAGCACAUGUCCAUGUGUAACCUACACAAGGGGAAUGUGAGUCUUUGUCUCCCUCAUUGUGGCUGAGCUACACAAUAGCCACGAGUCUGCUUUGAACUGCAGGAGUUACUCCUCUAGCUCAACUGAUAGCAUCUCAUGCUUUCAGCUCCGUAGGACUUGGGCUCAAACCACACUGUCAGCACAAGCAGGGUCAAUUACAGAAGGAUCUCAGGAGGCUCCUUACUAGGGUGGUCUGUUAAAAAAUUAAGAUUUAGGACAGACCCUUACACUGCGAGACCCAGAAGAUUUCUGUUGGCCAUCUAUUUACAUAGCUGGCCUAUAUACAUAGGAGGGAGCUCCUCACAGCAGGGAACAUGAACUCCCCCAUGUCUUGAACAGCACCAAGCAUGCAACAGACAGUUUAAUUAAGAAAAUAAACACUGGAGCUGAGCUUUCCCACUUGAGGAUGAUGACUGCUCCUCCGCCCCGGGGCUGUUCUAAAUGAGUGGUGGAAAGAGAGCAACACUCUCUUCAAGCACUUCACAGACUGGUUGUAUUCAGACCUUUCUCCCUUGCCUUCAUAUUUUAUAUUAGAUGUUACCUCCAAGCAGCCAAUGAGGUUGCUGGCUACCUCCUGCUGAGGUGCAAAUCAUAUAGUUACUGUUGUCAUUGCCUGCAUUGUUGUCAUUGACCGAGGUGUAUAGCAAGAGUAACUCCAGUCCCUGGACUGACUGCACCUUUUGGUAAGUGACAUCAGACUCAGGCCCUCGAGCAGCACAACAAGUGAUUUGUCUUUGAAACCAACUCAUGUGUGUAGUUAAACGCCAUCCUUUUCAGACCCAAGAUCUUUGUCAUAGCCUAUGUCAGGGUAGACAGAGAAAGAGGGGUGGGGAGUAGGAAACGUGUUGAGUGGAUAAAUGCCAACACUAAAGGCCACCAGAUUAGUAACUAUGAUAGCACUCCAAAGCCAUUGUAGUCUGUGUUGUUGUGUAACUGGGUACAGUUACUAGCGCAAGCUAACUGACACAAGCAAUUAUAAUAUGCAGUGUGGUUGUAGCUGUGUUGAUCCCAAGAUAUUAUAGGACAAGGUGGGUGAGGUCAUAUCUUUUUGUCCCAGAUCUGAAGAAGAGCUCUGUGUAAGCUUGAAAGCUUGUCUCUCUCACCGACAGAAGCUGGGCCAAUAAAUGAUAUGACCUCACCACCUGGUCUUUACAAGGAAUUAUACCACUGUCAAAACAAGGGUCGAACAUUUAGCCAAAUGAUUAUAGCCCUUGUAGCAGGACAAGUAUGGAAAGAUGGAAGGGGGAGCUCAUUGCAAGGUUAGGUUUGGACACAAAUUAUUCUCUCUGUUUUGGGUAUUGUUGCAGGGGAUUCAGAUUUAUCCCAAAUUGACACCAACUUGGCAAAAGGCUCAAGCUGCACGUUUCUUCCAUGCAGUAAACUCAAAACAAAACCGGAGAGUAUAAAUCAUACAGCAGAGCUCCUUUCUCUGGUCAGCAUAAGCCUCUCGUAUCUCCCUCCACUGACAGUAGCACCGUUCUUUUAAGGUCUUGAGCCUAAACAGGCCCAGCAGUAUCUAAAUGACUCCAGCUUAUAGUACCUCUCUGAGCUACCCUCGAACACGGGCUGGAAUUAAACUUCAACACCCCAGACCAGUCUGGUUUGGCAGGAUCUUCUCCUAGUGACACCACUGGGGUGGGGUAUGCCUUUGGACUCGGGAAGGGGGCAACAUGAAACAGUAAACUGGUCAAUAUUUUCCUAUCAAACUGGUUUUUGACAGAAAAUUGGGUUUUUGACAAACUAAUAUUUUGCAGAGAGUGUUUGUUUUCCAUGGAAAUUUUUGUUUUUCGCUAAAAUAUUUUGGUCAAAACCCAAAAGGUUUUGGCCAAAAAUGGGAGCUAUAGUGUUUCAUAGCAAGUGAUAGUUUGCAUCUCAUGUCCUCUUUCUACAUGCUAGCAUUCCCAGCAGGACUACAUCUCCCAUAAUACAUCAUAGUCUCCCCUACCAAUAAGGGGACACCUGUGUAACAUGGAAUCCCUGGCAAUAGUGCACUGUGGGAGAUGGUGUCCAGCUGCAGAACCUGGUACGUAGUGGGGAAUGGGGACACAAAGAGCAAAGUACAAAUCCAACUCCCAUUUUCAGCCAAAACUUGAUAAUUUCCAUGGAAAAUGUAGAUGGACAUGGAAAUUUUCUCAUUUUCAUCUAAAAUUUAAGUGGGGAAAAAAUUUCAGACCACCUCUACCUUACAGCCCUAAUGUAAGCAAUGGCAAAAUUCAUGAGUUCCCCCCCUCCCCCAUAAAGAAAUGUAAAUAAAUAAAUAAUGUUGAGCUUUUUUAUUUGCCUUCAGGUUUUUUAACCUUUCGGGGGCACCUGGGUCAUGUUUCCAAACUUUUCUCUGCAACCAUCAGGGGCGGAAAUUUUCAUAAAAAAAUAAAGAAAGAAAGAAGAAGGCUGAGAAUUGCACCUAAGUGCGUGUCUCCAGGAGCUGGGGCUUUACGUAAAACAAAAUCUCCCCACUAUAUUUUCCACUGUAUGCACCUGAUGAAGUGAGCUGUAGCUCAUGAAAGCUUAUGCUCUAAUAAAUUUGUUAGUCUCUAAGGUGCCACAAAUACUCCUUUUCUUUUUACGGAUACAGACUAAUACGGCUGCUACUCUGAAACCUGUCAAAUAUGACAAGACUCAAUAAAAUCCAAGUGUUGGCAACCCUG